CUGCUUCAGGGGGUGGGCAGCACCAGGCUCCUGCCCUGGGCUCAGCGCAUGGGGGGAUGCUGAGUGGCCACAAGCAAAGGCUGCUGCUGCUUCUUGAGCCGGGGCUGAGACCUGCAGGCCUGGGGAUUUCCAGAUCCAUCCCCCCGGCUCAGCAGAGAUCAGCCGGAGCUGGGGCCUCGGAACCGGGCUGCCCCAGGCCUGAGAUAGAUUCUUUCUGGGGGCUGCACCUGCUCCGCUAGCCAGUCAGCUCCGGGCACCAGCUCCAGUGCGGCCCCUGGCCCGGCUGGGGACUCCGCAGUGCCCCCUUGCUGAGGGGCUGGGCCUGCUCCACUCUGAUCCCUGUGGGGGCUCCCGGCCAGGGCCGCCUAAUCCCCUGCUCUGCUAAAUGGGCCCAUAUGGCCUCCUGCUCCCAUGCUAAUGAUCUGGCUCUGCCGUUGGCCUUAAUCACAGGGAAUCUGGAUUACAGGCCUGGGAGGCAGCUCCUCACAUACGUGCUGGGACACAGGGGCCCUGCCACAGCCACGUAGCCCCAGGUGGCCACUCUGGGUUGGGUUGAGCGCUGUCCCCUCACCCCCUUCUCUCCUCAGUUUGGACGCACCGAAGUGAUUGACAACACCCUGAACCCCGACUUCGUCCGCAAGUUUGUCCUUGAUUAUUUCUUUGAGGAGAAGCAGAACCUGCGCUUUGAUGUCUAUAACGUGGAUUCCAAGAGCUGCAACAUCUCUAAACAUGGGGGUCCCAGGUAAGAAGUGUGGGACCAUCCUGCUGUCAGCUGAGGAGCUCAGCAACUGCCGGGACAUUGUCACCAUGCAGCUCUGCGCCAACAAGCUGGACAAGAAAGACUUCUUUGGGAAAUCCGACCCCUUCCUCGUCUUCUACCGCAGCAACGAGGAUGGCACGUUCACGAUUUGCCACAAGACAGAAGUAGUGAAAAACACACUCAACCCUGUAUGGCAGCCGUUCUCCAUCCCCGUGCGAGCCUUGUGCAACGGGGACUAUGACAGGACGGUGAAGAUAGACGUGUACGACUGGGACCGGGAUGGAAGCCACGAUUUCAUCGGGGAGUUUGCCACGAGCUACCGGGAGCUUUCCCGCGCUCAGAGCCAGUUCACAGUCUACGAGGUGUUAAAUCCAAAGAAGAAAUGCAAGAAGAAGAAAUAUAUCAACUCUGGAACGGUGACCCUUCUCUCCUUUGCUGUGGAGUCCGAGUUCACCUUUGUGGAUUACAUCCGAGGCGGGACGCAGCUGAAUUUCACAGUCGCCAUUGAUUUCACGGCCUCCAACGGGGUCCCGUCGCAGCCCACCUCCCUGCACUACAUGAGCCCGUACCAGCUGAGCGCCUACGCCAUGGCACUGAAGGCCGUCGGCGAGAUCAUCCAGGACUACGACAGUGACAAGCUUUUCCCCGCCUACGGUUUUGGUGCCAAGAUCCCACCUGACGGCAGUAUUUCCCAUCAGUUCCCCUUGAACAGUGACGUGGAGAACCCGAGCUGCGUGGGGAUUGAUGGUGUCCUGGAGUCCUACUUCCAGAGCCUGCGCACGGUGCAGCUGUACGGGCCCACCAACUUCGCCCCCGUCAUCAACCAGGUGGCCCGCUUGGCUGCUCAGGUGACGGACGGAUCGCAGUACUACGUCUUGCUCAUCGUCACCGACGGCGUCAUCUCUGACAUGAUGCAGACCAAGGAGGCCAUCGUCAAUGCCUCUGCCCUGCCCAUGUCCAUCAUCAUCGUGGGAGUGGGCCCAGCAGAGUUUGAUGCCAUGGAAGAACUGGAUGGAGAUGAUGUGCGGGUCUCCUCCAGGGGGCGCUAUGCAGAGCGGGACAUUGUGCAGUUCGUGCCAUUCCGGGAUUACAUGGAUCGCUCUGGGAACCAGGUGCUGAGCAUGGCGCGCCUGGCCAAGGACGUGCUGGCCGAGAUCCCGGAGCAGCUGCUCUCCUACAUGAAGAGUCACGACAUCAAGCCCCGCCAUACUGACCCACAGUAGCUCCUCCUCUGUGCAGCCCAAGCCAAUCAGACACUGCUGCUCCUGCCAGGCCUGAGACCGCACCCCCCAGCACGCGCCCACCUGAGUCGAGCUGGUUGUCGCCCCCUGGAUGCAGCCCCGGAGGCUGGCUUGGCCCUCAGGGCUGGCACUGUGCCUCUGUCGGGGGGAGGGCAGCUGCUGGCCUGGGCUCCCUUCCCUGCCAGCUGCAGGCAGCCCAGGGGCCUGGGAGCAGAGCAGGGUCAGAGGUGUUCAGCAGUGUCGUCAGGCCCCCCUACUGGCCCAAUAAGGGGGCACGGAGCCCUGCCCUGUCCAGAUCCUGCCAAUAAAGCUU